CGAUACUUAAAAAUAUAAUAAUAAUAGUUCAAUUAGGCAAAGAAUUCGGUCCGUGGUAAAUCGUAGCAAAACAUUUAAGUCGUCUGGAGAUAUAAAACCUAAGUGUACCGAUAAGAUAAACAGUAAGUUAAAGUACUUAGAUCAUGCCCAUGGAAAAACAUAUUUCUACUUCUAUCGUGCAGUAGAAAUAUCCAGCCAAAAAAAUGACACGUAAGUUCGUCUCAAGUACUUGCGUGCUAGCGAUAUUGUGCGCUUCACUGCAACCAUCUGUUGCGCUGGAAUAUCCAGGAACAGAAACGCGCCCCAUUCUAUCCGAUGAAGAAGUGAGCAAGUACACGGAAAAAAAUUACUUUUCCGAUUGGGAACCUGAAGAAAUCGUAAUUCCCGCCUAUCCUCAUUACCUGGUUUCUGCAGGUGAAUCUAUACAGGAAGUGGUCAACCAAGCUAUCAAUGAAAACGGGCCGGAAUCCCGCAUUUAUAUCAAAAUCGAGGCGGGGCAUUACAUGGAAACUGUGUAUGUAAAAUCCGAAAUCCCCCUAACCAUCUACGGGGACCCAGACAAUCCGGAAGAUGUGCAUAUCAUGUCCACGAUCAGCGCUGCUGCGACUGCAGAAGAGUAUCAGAACAUAGUAAAUGAGAAUGGAGCCCGAUACAAAGAGGGCGAUUCUGCAUGGGAACUGUACAAUUACUGCGCCUCAAGAGAUGGGAAUAUUGGAACAGAUUGCAGUCCAGUAGUUUGGGUGGAAAACGAAAACUUUCAGUUGGCAGGAGUAACUGUUCAUAAUGGAGCUACUGAUGCUCAGGCUGUUGCCUUAAGAACAGGAGCUGAUAAGAUCCAUCUAAUGAAUAACUGAUUCUUGGGCCUCCAAGACACUCUUGGUCUGGGCAUUGUCACCCGCGACAUCACUAAAGUGGAAAGAGUUCUUGUUCAUAUGUGCUAUAUCAAAGGCGAAAUAGAUCACGUAUACGGAGGAGCCGUCGCUGUCUUUAACAUGGUUACUUUCAACACAGGUUCACUCAAAGAAAGCGGCUCGAAAAUCGUGUUUGCUCCCGACACUCCCGCAGGACGUUCCUUUGGGUUCCUAGUGAUUAACAGUAACAUUACUGGCGAUGCUACCUAUAUAGGUUCCAACAGGAUCAGUCUGGCUAGAUCAUGGGACAGAGGAAUUAAAAGCGCCGACUUGUACGUUCCAGGCGAAUCCCCGAAUGGGCAAUUGGUGAUUAGAGACUCAAACAUAGACGAUGUGAUUAAUAUAGAAGCUCCCUAUGCGGCUGCAGCUACCAGCAAACGGCCAUUUUCAACUGAUAUUAAACAGGAUCGGGAUUUGGAUGAUAACACCCAUAACAGACUGUGGGAGUACAAUAACAGUGGUCAAGGAAGCCCAAAGUAAUAUGGAAAUAAAACGUAUAAUGACCUA